CAGCUCUCUUCCCCUUCCGAGCGCCAUCGCCAUUCGAAAACCAAGACCCCCCUCCUCCCCAUCAAAACCCAGCCACAAUCACCCGGUUCCACCCCCCGAUCCAGCCCUCCUCGCCGCGAUCCACUCUCCCGGGCGUCUUCUCCUCGCUCCCACGAUCCCGCCGGUGGAUCGGGCCGCCGUGAUUGGUGCCGGUUCGAGGCGCCGUGAUUGGUGCCGGUUCGAGGCGAUGAUGGCCGCGGCGGUCGAGGAGGAGGAGAUGGUGGAGAGGAUGCACGGGUGGGCGAGGGACAUGGACGUGGCGUCACGCAGGGCCGAGGAGGAAGCAAUGAGACGGUAUGAUGCGGCAAGUUGGUUGCGAAGCACGGUUGGGGUAGUGUGUGCAAGAGACCUGCCAGAUGAACCGUCUGAGGAGGAAUUCCGGCUUGGGCUGAGAAAUGGGAUUGUUCUUUGCAAUGCACUGAAUAAGAUCCAGCCUGGUGCCAUACCUAAGGUUGUACAAGCCCAGUCAGAUGCUGCUGGCCCCACGGAUGGCUCAGCUCUGUGUGCAUAUCAGUACUUUGAGAAUCUGCGGAACUUCCUUGUUGUUGUAGAAGAUUUAAGGCUUCCUACAUUUGAGGUGUCCGAUUUAGAAAAGGGUGGCAAAGGUGUUCGGGUUGUGGAUUGUGUUCUUGCUUUGAAGUCAUUCAGUGAAAGUAAUAAAACAGGGAGACAAGCUUCGUGUAAAUAUGGCGGCCUUUCAAAACCUUUGACAGCCAGAAAGUAUUUUAUACUCAAGAAUACUGAUGCUUUUAUGAAUAAGAUAAUGAAAGGGCACUCAGCAGAGGCAAUCCAGAGUGAAUUUUCAGAGGGGCAAAGCAUAGUUACUGAUUUUUCUAUAGAGUCUAAUGAGAUGACUACUUCAGACUCCCUUAGCAUUCUUUUGCGUAAAGUUCUCUUAGAUAAGAAACCAGAGGAAGUCCCAUUGAUUGUUGAGUCGAUCCUAAGCAAAGUUAUUCAGGAAUAUGAGCAUCGAAUUGCAAUCCAGAACAAGAUGGAUGAGGAGGAGCAAAAUCUCUUGAAUAUCACGGAACAGGUCAACCAUGUAGUUGUAAAUGGUGAUGGUGAAGUUAAACAGUUCCAACUAGAGGCACAGACAAAUUUUGAUGUGCAACAAAAACAGAUCCAGGAAUUGAAGGGUGCUCUUUCUUUUGUCAAGUCUGGCAUGGAACAACUGAGAUUACAGUACUCUGAAGAAUUUGCUAAACUUGGGAAACAUUUCUACACUCUCUCCAAUGCGGCUUCCAGCUACCAUAAAGUUCUUGAGGAAAACCGCAAAUUAUACAACCAAAUACAGGACCUUAAAGGAAAUAUUAGAGUAUACUGUCGAGUGAGGCCUUUCCUACCUGGACAUAGAAGUUUAUCAAGCAGUGUUGCUGACACGGAAGAAAGAACAAUCACAAUAAUCACUCCCACAAAAUAUGGGAAAGAUGGGUGCAAAUCAUUCAGUUUUAACAGGGUCUUUGGUCCAGCAUCUACUCAAGAAGAGGUCUUUUCAGACAUGCAGCCUUUGAUCCGUUCAGUCCUUGAUGGUUUCAAUGUCUGCAUAUUUGCAUAUGGCCAAACUGGAUCAGGAAAGACUUUUACCAUGAGUGGACCGAAAGUUUUGACAGAGGAAAGCCUCGGUGUUAACUAUAGAGCACUAAAUGACUUAUUUAAUAUUAAAGCACAGAGAAAGGGGACAAUCGAUUAUGAAAUUUCUGUGCAGAUGAUUGAGAUCUACAAUGAGCAAGUGAGGGAUCUCCUUCAGGAUGGUGGAAACAGGAGAUUAGAAAUAAGAAAUACUCCACAGAAAGGGCUUGCUGUUCCGGAUGCAAGCAUAGUUCCUGUCACAUCUACGGCCGAUGUUGUUGAAUUGAUGAAUCAAGGCCAGAAGAAUCGUGCAGUGGGUUCAACAGCCAUCAACGAUCGAAGUAGCCGCUCUCAUAGCUGCUUGUCUGUUCAUGUCCAAGGAAAAUAUUUAACAUCUGGGGCAAUGUUGAGAGGUUGCAUGCAUCUUGUGGAUCUAGCUGGUAGUGAAAGAGUUGAUAAGUCUGAGGUUGUAGGAGACAGGCUGAAGGAAGCACAGUACAUAAACAAGUCACUUUCAGCAUUAGGAGAUGUGAUUGCAUCUCUUGCACAGAAAAAUUCGCAUGUCCCUUACCGAAACAGCAAGCUUACCCAGCUUUUGCAAGAUUCUCUAGGAGGACAAGCAAAAACGCUGAUGUUUGUUCACGUAAGCCCGGAACUAGAUGCUGUCGGUGAGACAAUAAGCACAUUGAAAUUUGCUGAAAGGGUUGCUUCAGUUGAGCUUGGUGCAGCAAAAGCAAACAAAGAAGGCAGUGAGGUUAGAGAGCUCAAAGAACAGAUUGCUACCCUCAAGGCGGCAUUGGCUAAAAAGGAAGGAGAACCAGAAAACAUUCAAAGCACACAGUCAAGCCCUGACAUGUAUAGAAUUAAAAGAGGCAAUGCAAUACCUGCCUUCCCUAAAAAUAGACAGCCAAUGGAAGAAGUUGGAAACUUAGAGGUCCGGAACAAUGCCACUCCAAUGCAAAAGAAGGCCAGCUUUCAAUUUUCUGGUGUCCUCAGUGAGAACAACUCAUCCGACUUGGCUGAAAAUUGCAAUGGCAUUCAGAAGACCGAUAGAAUGGCUGUCGGUAAUAAUCAAUUUGAGAAUGGAAAUUCCAUUCUAGAGCUGGAGCCUGGCGCAACUCAGCUUCCAACAUUUUUCUACCAAAGAUAUGAUCCCGACAAGCAAAGGCGUAGGGCUGAACCAGUAGAAACUGAUGACUCAGAUAGCUUUGAUGCUGCUACUAGCUCGCCUUCCGACCAAGAAAUGUUGUUGUCCACCAGUGGCCUCAAAGCUGAUGGUAUUGCCAGCAGAGGUGCCUUUAUUAUAAAGAAACCUCAAACAAAGAAUACGAAAAUUACAGCAACGAAGAUUCCAAAUCUUGCAAUGAAGUCGCCAAUGUCAGAGAAAAGGCUGCAAACCCCAAUCAGGAACAGCAAGCAGCUACCUUUCAGCACUACGGGUGGAAGAAGAACUCGAAAUGGCAAAAUUAACACUCCAAAAUAAUCGACUAGUGCGAAGGUGGAUCCCACUAUGCCAAGGUGAGAUCAAUAGGAAACUGAAAGAAGGAUGUUUCUAAAACCCUGUAUAAGGAUCAGUGGAUUGUUCAGUCUGAUGGAAAAAUUGGUUUUGAGACAUCAAAGAUAGAGAUAAACAGAUAAGACCUCCAACAGGACAGAGAAAUUGUAAACCCAGAAGGAAUUUUUCAAAUUUGAGAUCAGUACAUAGCUCACACGCAGAAGUUACGGUUGUAUUGUAUGUACAUUAGCCUGGAAUAGAUGCCCGCCAUGUGCCAUUACAACAAAGAGAAGUUCAAUGACAAGUUUGUACGCUUCAUCAUGUUAAAUUGUCAAAUUUAGGCCAAUUACAAUUUUUUUA